GUUAAGUUCAUAGGACGCAGGAAAGUUCUCUGCAGACAAAUGUUUGGCGCUCUCCAUGACCGAGUACACGUAGACAUCCCCGAGAACUGAGCUGCGGGCGCACGGAGGGCUGCACACUCGGAACAAACACAAGGAGACCGGAGAGGCGCUUCACUGAGGGGAAUAGGGGAACAGGAGAGGAAGGGAGAGAAACAGAGAGAGAGAGACUGAGAGAGAGAUCCACUCUCCCAGUUAAGGUCUUCAACGGAUCGCGUCUCGCAACUGCAGGACAAUGUCUAGCAAAGCGACUUUAGCCUUACUCAUCUAUGGAAUCAUAAUGCAUUACAGCGUCAACUGCUCACCUGUGGGGCUUAGCUUUCCAAGUGUUAGACUUGACAGUGAGGUUUAUGAUGAGGAUGGAAACUCCUUACCGUCCCUGGAUUACGACAGAGACCAAAUGGACGUGAGAAGCUCUCCGUCUGUCGCUGACGACGUCUACACUUUGUAUUACCCACCAGAGAAAAGAACGGAAAGGCAUGCAGACGGCAUGUUUAAUAAAGCCUACAGGAAAGCGCUGGGUCAGUUAUCAGCAAGGAAAUAUCUGCAUUCUCUGAUGGCAAAACGUGUAGGCGGGGGGAAAACGCUGGACGACAGCUCAGAGCCUCUGUCCAAGCGACACUCAGACGGGAUCUUCACAGACAGCUACAGCCGCUACCGGAAGCAAAUGGCAGUCAAGAAAUACCUGGCAGCAGUCCUUGGGAAAAGCCUUGAAGACAUAGGUUUUCACCCUAUCCUACAAGACAUAGACUUUGAUGCCCUCCCGGACGGGGAUGAGUUUGAGGCUUUUUUGGGAGACUGGCUGAAACAGUUCUCUCCCGAAUUUCCGGUGAGUUUCAGGCUCUUUCCUGAGGCCGUAAUCCUCGCAGGGGCGUCUCAUGUCCCUCCCUUUUUCUUCCCACCUUUAACCCUCAAACACUCAACUCUUCUUCCGCCUCAUUUGUGCUCCUGUCUCUCUACAGUCUCACAGAUUUUUACCCAUAAUCCCACCUGAUCCCACAAUGUGGAGAGAUUUAGUUUAGACCGAUAUGUUACACAUAUCAUUGCUGAUUGAUACAAAACUUACAGAUUAAUCUUCUUUAUGGAUGCCGGGAUGAUGCUUGUUCGAGUAGAUCUGGGUUAGACCAGAUUGGCUUUAAAAACUUUAAAGUUAUCCAUUAAAAAAAAUAAAAAUAAAAAUGGGAUUCUUGUAAAAAACAAAAAACAAACAAAUCUGAGAUGAAGACCAGAGUACUUUUGAGGUUCUUCUUGUCCUUUUCUUCCGCAGUGUUUACAGAGUGACACCUUUGACUCAUGUAAAUCGCCAAUCUUGUGUUUCUAUCAACUGGUUUCUGCUGAAGAUUUUCUCAUGUCUCUCUGCCCAUAUAAUAAGUAUCACCUACAUCUAAAGCACCAUCAGGCAACAAAAAAACUAAACAAAAAGCAUUAAAAAAAGAAGCAGAAAUGAUACUUGUUACAUGGUGAUUUAUCCAUCGAUGUGUUCUUUGUGAGACAUACGAGACAGUUUGAACUUCUGUGUUUGAACCGUCUGGGUCUAUUGUGCUUCCUUUACUGUCAUGUGAACCAAUGUAAAAAGAAACUACAGUAGAUUGCAUGAUUAAAGUAAUUGCACUAUC